AUGGUCAGAUAUAUGAAAGAGAUGCCAACCAGGAAUCAAACAGAAGUGACAGAAUUUAUUCUCUUAGGACUCUCAGACAAUUCAGAGCUACAGGUCGUCCUCUUUGGAUUAUUUCUGGUGAUCUAUAUGGCAACCAUGGUGGGUAAUUUGGGCAUGAUUGUGUUAAUUAAGAUGGACCCUUGUCUCCACACCCCCAUGUACUUUUUUCUCAGCAGUCUCUCCUUUGUUGAUGCCUCUUACUCUUCUUCUGUCACUCCUAAGAUGCUGGUGAACCUAGUGGCUGAGAGGAAGGCCAUUUCUUUUAAUGGGUGUGCUGCCCAGUUCUAUUUCUUUGGCUCCUUCCUGGGGACUGAGUGCUUCUUGUUAGCUAUGAUGGCAUAUGACCGCUACGUAGCCAUUUGGAACCCUUUGCUGUAUCCAGGUCUCAUGUCUGGGAGAAUUUGCUUCUUGCUAGCAGCUACCUCGUUCCUCGCAGGUUUUGGAAAUGCAGCCAUACACACAGGAAUGACUUUCAAGUUGUCCUUUUGUGGCUCCAAUAAGAUCAAUCAUUUCUACUGUGAUACACCACCCCUGCUCAAACUCUCUUGCUCUGAUACCCGCAUCAACGGCAUCGUGAUCAUGGCUUUCUCCAGCGUUACUGUCAUCAGCUGUGUUAUGAUUGUCCUCACUUCCUACCUAUGCAUCCUCAUUGCCGUCUUGAGGAUGCCCUCCUUGGAGGGCAGGCACAGAGCCUUCGCCACCUGUGCCUCUCACCUCAUGGCCGUCACCAUAUUCUUUGGGACGAUUCUCUUCAUGUACUUGCGUCCUAUGACUAGCUACUCAAUGGAGCAGGACAAGAUUGUCUCUGUCUUUUAUACCGUAGUGAUCCCUAUGCUAAAUCCCCUCAUCUACAGUUUGAAAAAUAAGGAUGUGAAAGGGGCCUUAAAGAAGAUCUUACAGCAACAGAUACUGUGA